AUGGGUGAAGAAAAUUCGAGAAGAUUGAGUCAGAAUUAUGAUCCGCUUACUAGACUUGGAGAGCUUACUCGACUUUUACCUCGUCGAUUACGCGACGCGCAUUCGGUACUGCCGCCUCCUCUAGCAGCUUUCGAUGUAUUGGAUGGACAAGGCGGUUCCGGCAGUAAUGGUACCGUUAAUUGGCAGGAACGGUGCUUGGAACUCCAGCUGGAGUUGCACAGGAGCAGAACGCAGGCUACGCGAACGAGAGAUAUGCUUCGAGAAAAGGAAAUCAACUCUGAAGCGCCUAAAAUCAAUUGGCCGUUUGCGAAAAUUAUUUCAUCUACUCAUCAAGUAUUCAGCACGCGGCUCCACCGCGUAUUUGACAUCGGUGUCCGUGUCGUAGUCGUCGAGGAAAUAGAUAACCGAAGAAGAGCGUACCCGAAUAGGGAGUUCGAGGAAAUAGGAUAG